AUGUUGACCACUUUGUUCUUUUCUGCCCUGGCCUGGAGCCACUUGACGCAAGCCCAUGGAACCAUCACCAGAGUGAUUGGUGCCAAUGGUGUUGUUAUGCCAGGACUUACUAUCCUCGAUGGAACUCCUCGAUCUUCUACAUCUGCUGCCUCAGGAGCGCAGGUGGAUACCAGCGUGAUCCGUGACCCAGAGCUUGCUACUAGUAAAGCCUCCGCACUUGGUCGAACAAGCAAAGGUCCAGUCGACGGCUCUCGCGUCAUCAAGGCAUUUAUGCAGGGUAUCAAGGGCCGGUCCCUUGCUGACACCAUUCUCGGGGGUGGAGAAGAAGCUACGAGAGAAGCCGUAUCUUUUGUGACCGGUAACGCUGGUGCGGUUGUGAACGGCGUCCAAGACGGAAUCGAAAGCUCCCCAGUCGGUGGUUUGGCCCUAGGAGCUGAGCACGGAGUCAACGGUCUUCUGGAUGAUUUCUUCCAAACCGCAAAGGGUGUGCCAUCUCCCCGUGGAUAUAUCGAAGACGGCGUCCAGAAUUCCACUGGAGUUGGUGCCAAAUCCGGGCUACCAACCACUGCAUCCGACGGCACUCUCAAGCUGAUCUACCAUCAGGUCAAUGAGGACGGUGCUGGCCCCCUGUUAGUAGAUAUCGACUUCACUUCUGGAGGGACUGAUCCGAAAGCUUUCAAGUCCGCUGAAGUGUUUCAGAACAUCAUUGGAGUGUUGGGCUUUUCAACCGUGAGCUCGACUGACUUCCCGGUCGUUGUCAAAGUACCUACAGGCAAGGUCUGUUCUGGAAAAGUGGCUGGGGUUUCUGGUGUAUGCAUUGCGAGGGUGCGAAACAGUGCUACUGCUGGUCCUUUUGGCGGCGCUGCUGCUUUCACUCACAAUCCGGAGGCUGCAAAGGGGAAGAAGUCUAGCGCAAAGUUCCGUCACCGCCAUGUUUGA